GUCAGCAUUGGUCUCUCUGCUCUAUCCCGUCUCUCGACUCUCUGUCCUACUGUUUAGCUCACUGUUCUCUCAAUCAGUUAGAGAGAGAAUUUCAUACGAACAUCACACAUUCUGUGUCUAUCUGAAUCUGAAUAUCAAGAAAUUAUAUAAUCAGUAAUCAAUCUAUAUAUAUAUAUAUAUAUAUAUAUAUAUAUCUAUGGCGAACAGUUUAAGGAAAUUUGGGAGGUUGGGUUCGAUUUCUAAGAGUAGGAGUAAGAUGGUAUUCUCAACUUCGUGCUCUGAUGAGAUUAAGAGCAGCAAAAACAGUGAUUUGAUGCAACAGAGUGGAUUGAAGCAAAUGAACCUCUUCUCUGCAAUCAAUCAAGCGCUUCACAUCGCCUUGGAAUCUGAUUCUCGUGCUUAUUUGUUUGGAGAAGAUGUGAGCUUUGGUGGGGUUUUCCGUUGCACAACAGGAUUAGCUGCUUGUUUUGGUAAAGACAGGGUUUUCAAUACCCCUCUUUGUGAACAGGGCAUCAUUGGAUUUGGAAUAGGACUGGCCGCAAUGGGUAAUCGAGCAAUAGCAGAAAUUCAAUUUGCGGAUUACAUUUAUCCAGCUUUUGACCAGAUCGUCAAUGAAGCUGCUAAGUUCAGAUAUCGAAGUGGUAACCAAUUUAAUUGUGGAGGUUUAACAAUAAGAGCACCUUAUGGAGCUGUGGGACAUGGUGGGCAUUAUCACUCACAAUCCCCUGAAGCAUUUUUCUGUCAUGUUCCUGGCAUUAAGGUGGUCAUCCCUCGAAGCCCACGGGAAGCGAAAGGAUUGUUAUUGUCGUGCAUACGUGACCCAAACCCCAUUGUAUUUUUUGAACCUAAGUGGCUAUACCGCUUGGCGGUAGAAGAGGUUCCCGAGCAUGAUUACAUGUUGCCUUUAUCAGAGGCAGAGGUUAUCCGAGAAGGUAGUGACAUAACACUUGUUGGGUGGGGAGCUCAGCUAUCUAUCCUUGAACAGGCCUGCGUUGAGGCUGAAAAGGAUGGAAUCUCUUGCGAACUGAUAGACCUAAAAACUCUUAUACCUUGGGACAAGGAAACGGUAGAGACCUCUGUUAGAAAGACCGGAAGGCUUCUUAUUAGUCAUGAAGCUCCAGUAACUGGUGGAUUUGGUGCUGAAAUAUCUGCUUCCAUCGUUGAACGUUGCUUCUUGAGGUUAGAAGCUCCUGUGGCAAGAAUUUGUGGGCUGGACACUCCCUUUCCACUUGUUUUUGAACCUUUUUAUAUGCCCACAAAGAACAAGAUAUUGGACGCAAUCAAGUCAACAGUAAAUUAUUAGUUCACAAGAAGAGCUGCUUGUGCAAAUAUGUCUUAAGAAAAAUUCUUCUCGCCGAGUCGGGACUGGUGGGAGCUGUGUCUAGUUGGCGUGAGGCCAACUCUGCCAGAAGCAAAACUUUGUUUAAUAAGGCUGGUUGGUGAUUGUCAAAGUCGUCAUUAUAAUGUAAUGUUUAAAAUGAGAAUACCACAACCUUGUAUUUAUUUAUUUUUCUUUCUGUUUCCCCAUCAGACACAAUUACAGGUCCCAUGAGGAUUUGAAGAAUGCAAAAUCAUAUUUGAAACCA